AUGUCGGAGGCUUUAAGUGACGAAUACAUACCAGCAUUCGCUCCUUUUCUUGGGUUCGCUGGAUGCGCUGCGUCCAUGAUAUUUUCUUGCGCUGGUGCUGCAAUAGGUACAGCUAAAUCUGGUAUUGGUAUUGCUGGUAUCGGUACUUUCAAGCCUGAAUUAAUCAUGAAAUCUCUUAUUCCUGUGGUCAUGUCUGGUAUAUUGUCUGUGUAUGGAUUGGUCGUUUCUGUGCUCAUCGCUGGUGGAUUGGCACCAACGGAGAAGUAUUCCCUUUUUAGUGGUGUCAUGCACUUAGCUUGCGGAAUGUCAGUAGGGUUUGCUUGCUUAGCAUCAGGAUACGCGAUUGGCAUUGUGGGUGAUGAAGGUGUUAGGCAAUUUAUGCAUCAACCAAGGCUCUUUGUUGGUAUUGUCCUUAUUUUGAUUUUUGCCGAGGUGUUAGGGUUAUAUGGUAUGAUCAUUGCCUUAAUAUUAAACACUAAGAGUAGUGGUUAG